UCGUACCCACCUCAACAGCUAUGUAAAUGUAAUCAACAACCGCUAAGCAAGCGCAGAGCAGAGAGAAAGAAAGAGAGUGUGUGAGGGAGACGUACCCUCCGACAUUUUCUCUAUCCUUUAAGCAAAAGCCUUUCUUUCUUCUUCUUUUUCUUCUAUUCAGAUCUCUCUCUCCCUCUAAUCUCUAGCUUUUAGAUUCUCUCUCUCUCUCUCUCUCUCUCUCUCUCCCUCUAUAUCUCUCUCGUUUUUCUUACAUACGCCCCAAUGUUCUAGAGAGCUAAUCAAAGUCAACACGCUCUCUUUUCUACGCCUAAGCCUCACAGUUUAGAACCGAUUUUGCGCCACCGGAAAAAUGGCGGUUUCGGCUCCAAUUACGCCGGGGCAGGUGUCCUUUUUACUUGGAAUUAUCCCAAUUUUCGUCUCAUGGAUAUAUGCAGAGUUUCUAGAAUAUAAGAAAUCUUCACAUCCUUCUAAAGUUCAUUCAGAUGUUAAUCUAGAUGAAUUGGGAAAGGAGACAAUCAAAGAAGAUGAUCGGGCUGUUUUGCUGGAAGGAGGCCUCCCAAGAUCAGCAUCUGCAAAGUUUCAUAGUAUAUCCAUUAAAAUGAACCUAAUUAGGUUUCUGACAAUGGAUGACUCCUUCUUGCUAGAAAAUAGGGCAACUUUGAGAGCAAUGUCUGAGUUGGGGGCAAUUCUGGUCUAUUUCUACAUAUGUGAUCGAACAAAAUUACUGGGAGAAUCUACAAAGAAUUACAAUCGGGAUCUUUUCCUCUUUCUCAACAUUCUGCUUAUCAUAGUUUCAGCAUUUACUUCAUUGAAAAAACAUAGUGAUAUGUCAGCAUUCUCUGGAAAAUCCCUACUUUACCUUAAUCGGCAUCAAACUGAGGAGUGGAAAGGAUGGAUGCAGGUCCUAUUUUUACUGUACCAUUACUUUGCUGCAACAGAGAUAUACAAUGCAAUACGCGUCUUUAUUGCUGCAUAUGUUUUUUUGACUGGAUUUGGCAACUUUUCCUAUUAUUAUAUUAGAAAGGAUUUUAGCAUUGCACGUUUUACUCAGAUGAUGUGGCGGUUAAAUUUCUUUGUGGCAUUUUGCUGCAUUGUUCUGAACAAUGACUAUAUGUUGUACUAUAUCUGCCCUAUGCACACGCUUUUCACUGUAAUGGUGUAUGGAGCCCUUGGGAUUUUUAACAAGUAUAAUGAGAUAAGAUCAGUGAUGGCUGUGAAGUUUCUUGCAAGCUUUCUUGUGGUUAUCUUGAUAUGGGAAAUCCCGGGAUUUUUUGAAAUAUUCUGGCGUCCUCUAGCAUUCCUUUUAGGGUAUACCGAUCCUGCAAAACCAGAUCUCCCUCGAUUACAUGAGUGGCAUUUCAGAUCUGGACUUGAUCGCUAUAUUUGGAUCAUUGGAAUGAUAUAUGCAUACUACCACCCCAAUGUUGAGAAAUGGAUGGAGAGAUUGGAGGAAUGUGAAACCAAGAGGAGAGUCUCAAUCAAAGCAAGCAUUGUUGCAGUUUCCGUGUUUGUUGGUUAUCUGUGGUAUGAAUGUAUUUACAAGCUGGACAAGGUUACAUACAACAAAUACCAUCCAUACACAUCAUGGAUUCCUAUAACUGUUUAUAUUUGCUUGCGGAAUUUCACUCAGCAGUUUCGGAGUUUCUCUUUAGCUCUUCUUUCGUGGCUUGGCAAGAUAACUUUGGAGACCUAUAUUUCACAAUUCCAUAUCUGGUUGAGAUCAAAUGUGCCUAAUGGACAGCCUAAGUGGCUCCUUUCUCUUAUUCCAGAAUAUCCCAUGCUUAACUUCAUGCUCACUUCUGCCGUUUAUGUCAUAAUAUCUCAUCGCCUUUUUGAAUUAACCAAUACACUGAAGACAGUUUUUAUACCCACAAAAGACAACCGACGGUUGUUUUCUAAUUUUGUUGCUGGGGCAGCCAUUUGUGUGUGUGUGUAUUUCAUCGCAUUCAUUCUCGUUCAGAUCCCUCAUUAACCAGCCUGACAAAUCAUGACUUGAAAAGAGUUACAUAGAUAUUUCUUGUGGGAUGCACAAAACAUAUAGGCGGGAGUAAAAUAAGGGGAAUUUGGAAUAUGUUGCUUGCAAAUUUAGCUUUUAAAGCGAAUGUUCCAAUAUUGCUGAGGAAAGUCGCCCUAAUUGCUGCAUCACAGUAGAAAAUCAGAGUUGGGCAUGCAUUGAGAGUGUGGCAGAGGGCAGCACAUGACACCAAAGAAAUUUUUUUGUAGUAUUGCAGAUUGUCACAUAUCAAAAUUUCUCCAUUUUGUUCAGUCAUUAAAAGGAAAAUAUAGGUUCCUGUGAUAUAGAUUCAUUGUCUGGCAUCAAAGAAAUUCAAUAUUCAUUAGUAAUGCAACAUUGUCAAUUUGUCUCAUUAUAUGAGUGGAGGAUUCACGAACUUGGUGUAUGUAUUCAAUUGGAAAAUUUAAUUGUGAGCGAUUCUUUCGUAUAUUCAUGCAA